AUGUCCGGACCGAUAACACUGAAAUCGCAGAAAGGCCUGUUGACUCGUUACUGCAAUAACCUCAGACGUUUAUUAGACUCCGCUGAAGCCAACUCAACGCAAAAAUGGGCCGAUUUACGGGACUCAGCAGACCUGGGGAACAUGCAAGCCGUACUAUUCGAGCUUCAAAGCAUUUCCGACCUGGUUCUUAACUCCUUGUCAGCAUUUACAGCCACAGUUGACUCAUUGAGCGAGGAACUGGAUGAGACCCACGAAAACCAAGUGCAUGAGUAUAUCGAUAGUGCACAAAACCUUCUUGAUCGUGCAAGUUGCACUAUACUCCAAAUGGAUGCUCAAGUAAAAACAGCUCGAGAGCACGCAUUAUUCUUGGGAGCUAGCCCCACAACAACACCCGGAAUCUUGCAACCUGCACAACCAAGAUUACCAGUGAUCCCUGUACCCGUAUUUUCUGGUAAAAGCAAGUUUUCCCAAGACACCAACGAGUCUGACUGGAAGAUGCAAGACUUGUUAAGAGAGCUCGACCACCAUAUUACGACGGAGGAACGUAUAACUGAUAUGGUGAAGACCAGGAAUCCUAACACCACUUUAAAAGAUAGUUCGAGGGACUCCCCAGCACCAAGUCCUAAGAAUCCGCAGUGUAUGUUCUGCGCGUCACCAUAUCAUAAGUCCUUAUCUUGCACACGGUACCCUACAAUAUCAGAACGCCGCUUAGCUAUGCAACAACGUAAACUGUGCUUGAACUGUGGCAAACAGGGGCACUUUGUGACUCAGUGCAGGAGCCAAGGAUGCAGAAACUGCAGCGGGACCCGACACCACCACACUCUCUGUCCACAGCUGACAAAGAAAAAGGUGGAGGACACCAAGCAGUGGGCACCCGAUAAGGGAAAAGACACACUUCCCAAA